AUGGAUUCCUUUGGAGAUGAGCCUUCAUGGGGCCUUGAGCUCUCAAGCUCGAGAGAGCAAAUCUCUACGAAGGAUAAGCCGAGUCCACUUCGAAUCAUCAAGAGACGUCACAGUAACGACCGCUAUGAAGGGAGGACAUACAAAAGCGACUACAUAGCCGUUGAUCCCAACGGGAGCCCUCCCGAAUCUUCUUUCCUACGAUCUGAACCACUACCAAGUCUGAGGCUCCCAAGGCUACGACCGAAGAGCGCGCUCGAACGGAGAAUUGGUUGUGAGAGCGAGACGGCCACGGGCCUGGGGCGACCGUCGCAGAAGUUGAGCUUCGGUAACUGCUCCAUAAGCAGGGAUGACGACGAUGAGACUUCUGGACAAGACCAUAAGCCUCGAAAUGCAUCAUUUUUCCGACACUCAGCAUCGCGAUUCAAGAAAUAUCGGCAGAAGCGCCAUAGCGUUACAAGUAGCCUUGAAAAUGAAGGGGGAGACCGCAACUUUUCCGCAUGCACCCUUCCUUCGGAACGCAACAUAUGGCUCGAUCCCUCGUCUCGAGCAAGCUCUAGAUGUACCAAUUUCGACCUGGAAGACGCCCGUCACUCGGCAAAUCUGCCCAUCCUAUCGAAUGUUACACGACAAAAAGAGAGCUCUGUUGUUCUAUCUCCGCAUAUACGUGUCAUAUCAGAAACGAUUGGGGUAUCCUUCGGCCAGCAGCACCUUUGGGCCGCGGUCGAAGUAAGUGGUAGGCUUUCUCGGGCAGGUGACGGACCAGAGCUUGACCCGGAGAAGGUGGCUUGUUCAGACAAAGAUACCGCUGCCAAGUUCGGCUACCUCUACGAUGUCGUUGUGGACAUACUGCCCACGCCACACUCAUCGAUUCUUCAGAUCAUAUGCCAGCAAGAAUUUCCAGCAACUAUAUUCCUUGGGUCGAGCGUGCUCCUUCUUGUUCACGUGGUAUGCUACUCCGGAGCAGCCUCAUCUCCCCACCGGCAAAGCAAACAUCUAAGACAAAGAUCAGAAGAACUGAUGGAGGAUCUUGAGAUGCAACUCGGAAGUUCUUUCGUGCCUUAUACGAAUAUUCAUGUGACUUAUUCACACUCUGCAUUCCCUUCCCAUUCGGCCUCAGGAGGAGUUGAGAUGUCUUCACUUUACACCAAGCUCAGGACAACUGCGGAAGCCACUGUCAAGCUGCACAAUGCUCUCUCCCCAUGGUCACCGCACUCAGUAAUGGCCAAAGGCAGGUUGCUGCCGUUAAUCAGGCGCCAUUGGGGGGCCCAACGGGCAUUCGAAGUGAUGCAACAGAUGUUGGAGCAACGUUCUGUAUCAGAUCCGGCCCACUCUGGCCAACUAUCCAAGAGAUAUUUCCAGAUCAUGGCACAGCGGCUUUUGGAUCACACCUACUCCCCAGUCAUGUCUUUGAGACAAACGAGUGUCGAAGGGACACAGCAAAUGACAACUGAGGCAGACACCACGGCGGAAUCCUCACCAGUCAUGAGACUCUCGUCUGACUCGGGAAUCGGCAUGCGAGGAGUAUCCGGGGGAGAGGCGUCUGUCACAGCGACACGAGAGGAACCUCGUGAAGGAGCGAAGGUACCAGGUGACACUGUACGCCGCAGACGCCCAGUGACGCCCAAUGUCCUCAGGAAUCCGACGCCGACUUUCGCGGUCAAUAGCAGCGGGGAUCGCAAAAAGGACGGGGAAGAUGAUAAAAGCGACAGGAAGAAAGACAGGAAAAAGCAGGGAGCCACCGGAGAUGAUGAAGGGAAGAGGAAGUCUGGCCUCUGGACCUGGGCAUCAUGGUUUUAA